AAAUAGUAACUCAAUUUCAACAGAGUAACAAAUACUCUUACAAUGAAAAAAAAUCAUCAAAUUCAAAGAAAGAAAAUAUGAAUAUUGCAGAUCCUUUAGUUUGUAAACAUCGUGAACGGCUAUCUAACAAGCAAAUAAAGGCAUCAUCAGAAGACGAUUAUAGCAAAAUCAGUAAUAGUGCUCUCAAUUUGUCUGAUCCUAAUUUGUAUGUACAACCAUUACAACAAUCAGAAAAUACAUCUGUAUCAAGAGUUCCUUUUUGUACUAUUAAUAAAAACACUUCAAUAACAACAACACAAGUUAUUAAUGAAAAUAGUGUUAAACAUAAGUAUAUAUGUCAGUUAUGUGGUGAAUCUGGGCAUAACUCUAGAAGUUGUAAUAAGAAUG